AUGUGCCCGAGAACACUGGCAAGUGCGAUGUCUCCUCUGUGGCCCUUCAUCCUAGUGGCUGCCUCAGGAAUCCUAGCCAUAGAUACACCUCAUCCCAGGAAUUCUGCUGUGUAUCAUCUCACCAAGAAGCUCUUACAGAAAUAUCACAAGGAAGUGAGGCCAGUUCACGACUGGACCCAGGCCACCACUGUAUACCUGGACGUAUUUGUCCGUGCGGUAUUGGAUGUGGAUGCACAGAAUCAAAAGUUAAAGACAAGUGUAUGGUACCGUGAGGUUUGGGAUGAUGAGUUUUUAUCCUGGAACUCUAGCAUGUUUGAUGAGAUUAGAGAGAUCUCCCUACCUCUAAGUGCCAUCUGGGCCCCUGAUAUCAUCAUUAAUGAAUUUGUGGACAUUGAAAGAUCACCUGACCUUCCCUAUGUUUAUGUGAACUCAUCUGGGACCAUUAAGAAUGCUAAGCCCAUCCAGGUGGUCUCUGCAUGCAGUUUAGAGACAUACGCUUUUCCGUUUGAUAUCCAGAAUUGCAGCCUAACCUUCAACAGCAUUCUGCACACAGUGGAAGAUGUGGACCUGGCCUUCCUGAGGAGCAGAGAAGACAUUAAGCAUGACAAAAAGGCAUUUUUGAAUGACAGUGAAUGGGAACUACUUUCUGUGCCCUCAACAUACAACAUCCUGCAGAGCAGCGUUGGAGAUUUUGCACAGAUUCAGUUUAAUGUGGUGAUCCGCAGGCGCCCACUGGUCUAUGUCGUGAGCCUGCUGAUUCCCAGCAUCUUCCUCAUGCUUGUGGACCUAGGGAGCUUCUAUCUACCACCCACCUGCCGUGCCAGGAUUGUGUUCAAGACCAGUGUGUUGGUGGGCUACACCAUCUUCAGGGUCAACAUGUCUGAUGAGAUGCCUAGGAGCACAGUGAGCACCCCUCUGAUUGGGGUCUUCUUCACAGUCUGCAUGGCCUUCUUGGUUCUCAGCUUAUCUAAGUCCAUCCUGUUGGUCAAAUUCCUCCACAAUGAGCAGCGCACUGGGCAGGAGCGGCCCCUCUUGUGCCUUCGAGGGGACACUGAUGCUGAUGGCCCUAGAACGGAUCCCAGGGCCCAGCUUGCUGCAAUGACAGAGUCCCCCAUCGGUCAAGAGCACCAGGCCCAGCCAGGGACCCUGAAGGAAGUCUGGACCCAGCUUAGAUCCAUCAGCGACUACUUCCGAACCUGGGACCAGGAGGACCAACAGGAGCUCGGGUGGCUGGCCUUCCUGGAACGCUUUGACCGACUGCUCUUUCAAGGCUACGUUGUCGUGCUGGGCCUCUACACUGUCACCCUGUGCUCCCUCUGGGCAUUGUGGAGUGGCUUGUGA